AGAAACAGUGUGUUCAACAGAGACUGAAGCUUCAGAGAAACAGUGUGUUCAACAGAGACUGAAGCUUCAGAGAGAAACAGUGUGUUCAACAGAGACUGAAGCUUCAGAGAGAAACAGUGUGUUCAACUGGAAGUGGUGAUUUAGUAAACAUGAGUGUUGUGCUGCUCUCGUUGGUGAAGCAGCGACUCACUGCGGCUGCUGAAGACAUCUUUGUUCUGUUUGAAAGAACGAUAGCAGAGUACGAGGAGGAACUGUCUCGUUCAAAACAGGAGAACGAGAGACACCGGAAACUACUGGACGCUGUUUUACAGCCUCAGCUUCAGAUCCACAGAGCAGACGUCCAGCAGCUGGUGGUGGUUGAAGAAGAGGUUCCCCCUGAGCAGCAGGAGUGGAGCUCCAGUCUGGACCAGGAGGACCCAGAGCCCCCCCCAUACAUUAAAGAGGAACAGGAGGAACUCUGGAGCAGUCAGGAGGGAGAGCAGCUUCAAGGGCUGGAGGAGGCUGAUAUCACCAAGUCCACAUUCACUCCUGUCCCUGUGAAGAGUGAAGAUGAUGAAGAGAAACCUCAGUCCUCUCAGCUUCAUCAAAGACAAACUGAACACCUGGAAACAGAAGCUGAUGGAGAGGACUGUGGAGGACCAGAACCAGCCUGGAACUCAGAUCCAGAGAGACAUUUACAACCAGAGACUGAGGACAACCCUGGAGGCUCUUCUGAACCUGAGACUGGAGACUCUUCUGAACCUGACACUGAAGACAGUGCUGAUUGGAAGGAGACCAGAGAACCAGGUUCAAACUCUCAGAGAAAUAAACAAGACCCUGUCAGUGAUUCAAGACGUAGUGCAGGAGCGAAAACAUUUAGCUGCUCAGUCUGUAAGAAAUAUUUUGCACUGAGAGGAAAUUUAAAUAGACACAUGAGAAUCCACACAGGAGAGAAACCAUUCAACUGCAGUGUUUGUGACAAAAGAUUCACACGCAGUCAUCAGGUCAAAAUACAUAAGUGUGUUGGUCGUCAGUCCUCACAGCUUCAUCAAACUCAAACUGAGGAGAACAGAGAGGCAGAGCCUCCAGCCAGCAGCUCAGCUGAACACAUGGAAACAGAAGCUGAUGGAGAGGACUGUGGAGGACCAGAACCAGCCAGGAACUCAGAUCCAGAGAGACAUUUACAACCAGAGACUGAGGACAACCCUGGAGACUCUUCAGAACCUGAGACUGGAGACUCUUCUGAACCUGACACUGAAGACAGUGCUGAUUGGAAGGAGACCAGAGAACCAGGUUCAAACUCUCAGAGUAAUAAACAAGACCCUGUCAGUUAUUCAAGACAUUGUGCAGGAGAGAAAACAUUUGGCUGCUCAGUCUGUAAGAAAUCUUUUAAUCGGAGAGGACAUUUAAUGGCCCAUAUGAGAAUCCACACAGGAGAGAAACCAUUCAGCUGCUCAGUCUGUAUGAAAUCUUUUAAACAGAGAGCACAUUUAAUGGCCCAUAUGAGAAUCCACACAGGAGAGAAACAAUUCAGCUGCUCAGUCUGUGAGAAAUAUUUUGCACACAAAGUAGCAUUAAAGAGCCACAUGAGAAUCCACACAGGAGAGAAACCAUUCAGCUGCAGUGUUUGUGACAAAAGAUUCACCUGGAGUUAUCAGGUCAAAAGACAUGAGUGUGUUGGUCGUCAGUCCUCACAGCUUCAUCAAACUCAAACUGAUGAGAACAGAGAGGCAGAGCCUCCAGCCAGCAGCUCAGCUGAACACCUGGAAACAGAAGCUGAUGGAGAGGACUGUGGAGGACCAGAACCAGCCUGGAACUCAGAUCCAGAGAGACAUUUACAACCAGAGACUGAGGACAACCCUGGAGACUCUUCAGAACCUGAGACUGAAGACUCUUCUGAACCUGACACUGAAGACAGUGUUGAUUGGAAGGAGACCAGAGAACCAGGUUCAAACUCUCAGAGAAAUAAACAAGACCCUGUCAGUGAUUCAGGACGUAGUGCAGGAGAGAAACCAUUCAGCUGCUCAGUCUGUAAGAAAUAUUUUGUACAGAGAGAUGCAUUAAAGGGCCACAUGAGAAUCCACACAGGAGAGAAACCAUUCAGCUGCAGUGUUUGUGACAACAGAUUCACACGCAGUCAUCAGGUCAAAAUACAUAAGUGUGUUGGUCGUCAGUCCUCACAGCUUCAUCAAACUCAAACUGAGGAGAACAGAGAGGCAGAGCCUCCAGCCAGCAGCUCAGCUGAACACAUGGAAACAGAAGCUGAUGGAGAGGACUGUGGAGGACCAGAACCAGCUAGGAACUCAGAUCCAGAGAGACAUUUACAACCAGAGACUAAGGACAAUCCUGGAGACUCUUCUGAACCUGAGACUGGAGACUCUUCAGAACCUGACACUGAAGACAGAGAAGACGAUGAUUUAAGCUUUUUGAAACAUACAUUUGUUCACAGUGGUGAAACAUUUAACAGCAAUCACCAGGGAGAGGAAUUGUUUACAGAAGGUGGAAAUCAAAACCAGCAUAUGCCGAACCAGGAGGACCCAGAGCCCCCCCCACACAUCAAAGAGGAAGAGGAGGAACUCUGGAGCAGUCAGGAGGGAGAGCAGCUUCAAGUGCUGGAGGAGGCUGAUAUCACCAAGUCCACAUUCACUCCUGACCCUGUGAAGAGUGAAGAUGAUGAAGAGAAACCUCAGUCCUCUCAGCUUCAUCAAAGACAAACUGAACACCUGGAAACAAAAGCUGAUGGAGAGGACUGUGGAGGACCAGAACCAGCAAGGAGCUCAGAUCCAGAGAGACAUUUACAACCAGAGACUGAGGACAACCCUGGAGACUCUUCUGAACCUGACACUGGAGACAGUGCUGAUUGGAAGGAGACCAGAGAACCAGGUUCAAACUCUCAGAGAAAUAAACAAGACCCUGUCAGUUAUUCAAGACGUAGUGCAGGAGAGAAAACAUUUGGCUGCUCAGUCUGUAAGAAAUCUUUUAAUCGGAGAGGACAUUUAAAGACCCACAUGAGAAUCCACACAGGAGAGAAACCAUUCAGCUGCUCAGUCUGUAUGAAAUCUUUUAAACAGAGAGGACAUUUAAUGGCCCAUAUGAGAAUCCACACAGGAGAGAAACAAUUCAGCUGCUCAGUCUGUGAGAAAUCUUUUGCACAGAGAGGAGAUUUAAAGGGCCACAUUAGAAUCCACACAGGAGAGAAACCAUUCAACUGCAGUGUUUGUGACAAAAGAUUCACACACAGCCAUAACGUCAAAAGACAUAAGUGUGUUGGUCGUCAGUCCUCACGGCUUCAUCAAACUCAAACUGAGGAGAACAGGGAGUUAGAGCCUCCAGCCAGCAGCUCAGCUGAACACAUGGAAACAGAAGCUGAUGGAGAGGACUGUGGAGGACCAGAACCAGCCAGGAACUCAGAUCCAGACAGACAUUUACAACCAGAGACUGAAGACAACCCUGGAGACUCUUCUGAACCUGACACUGAAGACAGCGGAGAUUGGAAGGAGACCAGAGAACCAGGUUCAAACUCUCAUAGUACUACACAAGACCCUGUCAGUGAUUCAGGACGUAGUGCAGGAGCGAAAACAUUUGGCCGUGCAGUCUGUAAGAAAUCUUUUAAACAGAGAGGACAUUUAAAGGCCCACAUGAGAAUCCACACAGGAGAGAAACCAUUCGGCUGCUCAGUCUGUAAGAGAUCUUUUGCACAGAGUUCAGCAUUAAAGGGCCACAUUAGAAUCCACACAGGAGAGAAACCAUUCAGCUGCAGUGUCUGUGAAAAAAGAUUCACACAGAGUCAUCAGGUCAAAAGCCAUACGUGUGUUGGUCGUCAGUCCUCACAGCUUCAUCAAACUCAGACUGAUGAGAACAGAGAGGCAGAGCCUCCAGCCAGCAGCUCAGCUGAACACAUGGAAACAGAAGCUGAUGGAGAGGACUGUGGAGGACCAGAACCAGCUAGGAACUCAGAUCCAGAGAGACAUUUACAACCAGAGACUGAGGACAACCAUGGAGACUCUUCAGAACCUGACACUGGAGACAGGGCUGAUUGGAAGAAGACCGGAGAACCAGGUUCAAACUCUCAGAAAAAUAAACAAGACUCUGUCAGUGAUUCAAGAUGUAGAUUAGGAGAGAACCCAUUUGGCUGCUCUUUGUGUGAGAAAAUAGUUAGACGGAGAGGAAAUGUAAAACACCCACGAGAGAAACCAUUCACCUCAUCUGUGAAAAAUAUUUUACAGUGAGACAUUUGCAACCAGAGACUGAGGACAACCUUGGAGACUCUUCUGAACCUGACACUGA